AUGGUAGAGCUGUCAUACAUGGUGCAGGCCGUAGCGGCCUUCUGCGUGGUGCUGCUGGCGCUGCAGUCGGCGCUGGUCAUGCAGUCGGCGCUGGUCAUGCAGUCGGCGCUGGUCAUGCAGUCGGCGCUGGUCAUGCAGUCGGCGCUGGUCAUGCAGUCGGCGCUGGUCAUGCAGUCGGCGCUGGUGCCGCAUGUGCUUUCCUCAGAUCCCACCAACCCCACCUCCCCUCGCGUCCUCCCUGCUUCUUCCCCCUCAGCCACCCGUGCCUCGCCCGCCCAUCGCCUCAAGGCGGCUGCUCUGCACACCGUGGCCGGUGCUGCCCUCGCAUUCCCCCUGGCCCUCCUGCACUCAGCGCUCUACUCCUUGCUGCCACAGCAGUACAGCACAACAGCAGCACACGGCAGCAGUGCAGAGGGAGAGGGCGCUCAGGGGAUUCCUCAGGAGAGACCUGAGGCGGACUCUCAGGUGGGCAGUGGCAGCAGCGGCGGCGGCGGUGUGGCGGGUGCCAUUGAGCGCAUGGAGCAGCGAUUCAUGGGGUCGUUUGGGCACUUGGGGAACAACGACGGAGGAGGGAAGGAAGGCGGCGGGGAUGUAAGCACCCUGCCUGAGGAUGGAGAUGGAGAGAUGGGGCAGGAAUAUCCGGAGGGGGAGACAGGUGAAGCGGCAGAAUAA